AUGAGCAACCAGUGGAGCAGUGGUCAGUUUCAGUCUGGUCUUCCUUCCCAAGGAAACCAAGUGAGGAUGUUUGAUCCCACCCAGUUCCAGGCACCAGCUGCUCAUGGUAAACCUCGGUUGCACACUAGGCAGCAGACUGGUGGUACCCCAGCACCACAGCCUGCUCCUCCACUUGCAGGUGCCCAGUCUUCUUGGAACAGCUGGAACACUUGGGAUUUGAAUUCAGAGUCUGCUGGGACUCAAGGUGUUGAUCAACAGCAGCAGCAACAGCAGCAGCAGAAUCAGCAUACAGGGCAGCCUGAUGUGAGCAGCGGAGCUGGAGUGACUCAGGAUUACAGUGAUAACCAGUAUAUCAGUUCUUGGAAUCAGGGGUGGGAUGGUCCUAGUCAGUACUCACAACCAAGUCAAGCUUAUGCUCCAGCUGAUACUGGUGUGUCAUACCAGAGUCAAGAGUUGCAUCAACAGCAGCAGAAGCAACUACAGCAGCAGCAGCAACUACAGCAGCAGCAGCCGCCUCAUUGGGCACCUCCACAGCAGGACACAGGCACAUAUAAUCAGUAUGAGGGCAGCAUGUAUGGCCAGCAAUAUUACACUAGUAGUCCUGCUUCACAGCAGCAGCUCAGCCUACAGAAUCAGCAGGUGUACGGGCAGCAGCAGAGGCAACAGGAGGCUGAAAGUCAAGGUCAGGUUUAUCAGCAGGGUUAUGAGCAGUACCGAGAUCCCACAGAUGCUGGCUACAGCUAUAAGGAUAGUGCCAACACAUGGGUGACAUCUGGGGGAAGUGCUCAGUGGGCUGGUGGUAAUAGUGAUCAGCCGUCACAGCUGACAGAUGCUGGAGAUAAUGGGUUUGGUGCACAGCAACAUUUGUAUAGCUUACAGAACCCGAUUUCUCAAAGCUUGCCAGCCUCUUCCAGUGUCCAGCAUUCUGGCAACAAUGUGGCUUUACCUGGAUCAGACCUAGAAGUGUACACUGCUGAUGAUGAUGAUGGAACAGUGUCUGGAUUCUUUAGCAAAGAUGAUGAUGGAGACAUCUUGGACUCACAGGGGCAUGGAUUCAGUUAUAGUUCAGAUGUUAAAGGAGGUGGUUCAUUGGGUAUAAACUAUCCUUUGGCGGAGACUCAUAGAACAGGUUCUGAUGUUGGUGAUUCUGGUCUUUCAGCAUUCAGUGCAUUAGACAGCAGAGCUGAGCCUGGAAAUACGUACAGUACUACAGCAAAGGAUGGUCUUUUAACCCAGCGGGAACGAGAUGUGCAGAAUACAAGCCUGAAUAGUCCAGUAGCCGGAGGUACAUCACUGGGUGAACAGUAUCAGGUAGAUGCAAGCGUACAUCGUAGCCAUGAUGCUGCUGCCGAAUAUAUCCAAAGGCAGCCCAGGGAAGAGUUGAGUGAUCCCUUUCACAGUUCACCAAGUCUGCCUCUGAAUACAAACAUUAGGCCGGCAUCACCUGAUGGAGACCACCCUGGGUCUUCUGGGUCUGGAACCUCUGGUGGAUCCUCAGGACUGACAGACUGGGAAAUUGUUCCUGCACAGAGUGGAUCAUUGACUCCUGGUAAUAAUAAUUCUGUGGAUAGCAGUGUGGUGCUUGACAAGCCCGAAGGCAGCACAAGCAUGCCACAAAGUUAUAGCAGUGCUGAGCAUCCUGUCAAACAACCCCAAGGAACACAGCCUCAGAAUUACUUCACUCCCGCAUCAGCUCCACCUGCUUCUUCCAGCUCAGGAGAUUCGUUUCAGCGUCCAUCAGUGUAUGAUCCUUCAACCACAACUGCUCGCAUCCCUGCUCAACCCUAUCAUGAAAGUAGUGGACAUGUUAGAGGAGCAGCAGUUGGGAUGUCAGGUCAGCUGAAGGGAGAGGACUUACUUCAUCCAUCGCAGCCCACAGUUCAGAUGCAGGCCACUGAGCUUGUCUCAGGGAAUUUAAAUAUUCCCUUGCCUUCUAUUCCACAGCCAGAUGGUACAGCUAACCCGUUUAGAAGGGAUGGGGGGAGAAGUCCAAGGUAUGCUGGGGUCCCACCAUCUGUUAAUUCUCAAAACCCAUUAAAUAAUGCUUCAUUAGCAUUGAGAGGACCAUCUGAUCCGGCUGAAUAUAAAAAUCCUGUAGUUACUAGUCAGAUUUUAGACUCUCAGAGGUCAUCUUAUGCAACAACUAACACAUUAGCUAAAACAAAACUGCUUUCAAAUCCAUCAUCUGAAGAUGGAAACUGUGUCAGCAAACGAGAUUCUGAUCACACUACAAACACAACUGAUAUCUCAGCAAAAAACACUUCCUUCAAGGCUGAAGAUGCUUCCAUGGUCGGUCAGCAGCAGCACCUUCAUUCAGCAUUCCAUCCUGUUGGUCGCCAGCAACAGACAUUGUCCCCAUCAGCUUCUUGGGACAGCUCUGAGAAACCAACACCUAACAUUCUGCUGGCUCCAGUAGUUCCCCUAAUAAUUCCAGCCAUGAACCCCUAUUCUGUCUCAGCCGCACAAACAGGACAUUCUACGCUUACUUCAUUCACGGCAAGCAGAGCAUCUGGGCAGGAAAACACUGAACAUAAACUAGAGAACAGAAAGGCACAGAGCAGAGCCACUGACAAGAAAGAAGAGAGAAGCAGAGGGCAGAGAGAGAAGGACAGACAUCAUACCAGAGAGGAAGAAGAGGAGGAGAAUCGAUCUUUUGACUCCCUGGAUGAAAUUGAUUCAGUUGCAGGACGGCAUGUCAAAAGCUACAGCAGUGAACAACGGGACCAGCGAGAAACAAGCGGUAUCCAGAAAUAUGACAGACGGGGAGAUCCAGACCGAUAUAUUCAGGACAAGCACUCAGGCCGAACUAACCCUCCUAGCAGUCAGCAAGACAGAGAUGAUCGUUACCAUUAUGAUCGACCUUCAAGUCGAACAGACCGGUAUUCGAAGGAUGAAGACUAUCGGCGACACCAUGGUUAUCACAAAGACUACAAAGAUGACUCAUUGGAUGAGCGAUAUGAUCGGCCCCGAUCCCGUCAAGAUGAGUCCUUUGGUAGUAGGCCAUCUUCAAGGUCAGGUCAGGAGGCUGCCGUGCCAAGGUCAAGGGUGAACUAUGACCAUGACAAAGGUUAUCAUGACCAGAGCAAAUACAAGGGCCAUGGAUAUGACAGUUACAGCAGAAACCUGGACUACUACAAUGAGGAAAGGGAGCGGUACUACAGGUAUAGCAAGGAGAAGGAGGCCAGGUUAGCUCGAGCUUACUACGAGGAAUACUACGGAUCUAAGUAUGCUGAAUAUUACAAACAGUUUGAACAGCAUCAUCACCACCAGCAGCAACUGCAGCAACAGCAAGUUCCUGGAGGUAGACUGAGCAGUCAAGAUUUUGACCGAUCCAGCAGUCAUAGCCAGUCCAGAGGAAGUACGCCAGCCAUAGGUCCCUCGCCUGGGCCUGAACAAUAUGGGGGUCAUAACUCUCGUCCAGCCAGUAGAACUGAUUACAGCCAUGACUAUUACAGCAAGGGGUAUGCCUACGAAGGUCACAAUGCCUACUAUGAUGGAUAUGGUUAUGAUCCUUAUGCUUACGCCUAUGGCUACCCAGGAUACAGUCAGUACGAACAAGAGUACUAUCAAGGUCGGAUGACCCCACCAAAACACUCAUACCCUCACGUACGGGCUUGCUUUGGCCCAAGUGGCCAGCUGGUCAAGGUACUGCCCAACCGCCCGAAAGAUGGACAGCCUGCCUUAGUGGAGGUGCAGGACAUACAGACAAUCUUGGAGAACUGCCCUGAAGCAGAAGAGUUACGAAUGUUUCCUGGCCCACUGGCUCGUAACUCCACACACAAGAAGGAUGUGCUGCUGUUCUGUCAGGAGAAAGCCCGGGCUUGUGCUGAAAACAUCAACCUGGUGGACAGGGAGUCUGCCCAGUUGAUUUGGAAAUUCUUGGAGCUACUGAUUAAACAGAAUGGGUCUGCUGUAGGCACCGAUUUGUCUGACCUGCUACUUGAAGGUCAUGAUCCCUCGACCCAUGAGUACGGUUUGCAUGGUGUGAGGCUAUCCCAGAGUCCCCAUAUGCUGGACACAGUCCCAGAAGGCAACAGUGAAGAUGGCAGCAGUGCUAGAGAAUCUCCAGCUGUCCGAGUCACAUCAGAUAGAACAGCUAUUAACACCACUGAUGGAGAGAAAGAAAACUGGGUCGACAGGUUCCGACAUCUGCUCCUCUAUGGACGCAAGAAGGAUGCUCUAGAAUGUGCCAUGAAGAACAACUUGUGGGGACACGCUUUGUUCCUGGCCAGCAAGCUGGACGCAAGAACUCAUGCUAACGUCUUGACCAGAUUUGCCAACAGUGCAAUGAGAAUGAAUGACCCCCUACAGACACUUUAUCAGCUGAUGUCAGGACGCCAGCCGGCAGCUGUCACCUGUGUUCUAGACGAACGCUGGGGUGACUGGCGGCCCCACCUGGCAAUGAUACUGUCCAACCAGUCGUCAAAAAAUGAUAUCCAUCGCAAGAGUAUCAGCACACUGGGUGAUACACUAGCUGCCAAAGGUUACCUGUAUGCCAGCCACUUCUGCUACCUCAUGGCACAAGUCAGUUUUGGAAACUAUUUCAACAAGACCUCAAAGAUUGUUCUCAUUGGCUCUAGUCACAAUUUGUCCAUGGAGGAGUUUGCUAGCAAUGAAGCCAUACAAUGCACAGAAGUGUACGAGUACGCACAGGCACUAGGAAACCCCACGUAUUGCCUCCCUCACUUACAGAUUUACAAGUUCAUGUAUGCUUGCCGGCUAGCAGAUUACGGCAUGGUUUCUGAGGCCCUCGGCUACUGUGAAGUGAUUGCCAACAAUAUACUGCAGAAUCCUACACACUUCCAGGCUCCAUUUGUGGGGCUGGUCUGCCAGAUGUCAAGGAAGUUGCAAUUUGCAGAUCCUCAUCUUCAGAUGUCAGGAGAUGAAGGAGAAGGUCAGGUGUGGAUUCAGAAACUGGAGGAGAUUUGUGCAGCAUUUGAGGAUGGUUCCAUACAGUCGCUGUCGGAAACGGUGACCCAGGCUGGGUUAUCAGGUCCCACUACACACAGUAGUGAGUACACUCAACCCGGAUAUGGGGGCGGUGGAGAUACAGCACCUUCUGCAGGUGUGUCUGCUGGGAUUGUGUAUGAUCAACAG